AUGUCGAAACACCAUCCCGAUUUGAUAAUGUGCCGCAGGCAGCCAGGAAUUGCUAUUGGUCGUCUUUGUGAAAAGUGUGAUGGGAAAUGCCCUGUAUGUGAUUCAUAUGUUCGGCCAGAGACUUUGGUACGAAUUUGUGAUGAAUGCAAUUUCGGUACAUACGGAGGGCGCUGCAUCAUCUGCGGCUCACCAGGUAUUUCGGAUGCGUACUACUGUGCCGAAUGUACGAGACUGGAAAAGGAUCGUGAUGGAUGUCCCAAAAUCGUGAAUCUAGGAGCAAGUCGGACAGAUCUGUUCUAUGAGCGGCGUAGAUUAGGGUUCAAGAAAGGGUAG